UUGCAAACUAACAAAGCUGGAGAUGGCGUUCAGUAGGAUUGUGUUGGUGGUGCUUUUGAUAAAAACAGUGUUGAGCGACAAAGCUCCAACAUGGGCAGAUUCGUAUUCUGUGGAGGGCGUUUUACAGCUUCCGUACGCCGAACUGAAGGAACCAUUCAAGGCGUAUUACGACAUAUCGACCAACCAAAGUCGUGUAGAUUACUAUGACAGUUUGGUGGUCACCAUGCAGUUACAGAACCAGAAUAAAAGCAUCAAAAUUGCUUACAUAACAACUGAGACGGUUUUAAACAAGCGGUCCUGUUUUCUCCUCCAAGGAGAUUCUCCAAUUCAAGCUGUCCUCCCAAAUCUGAUAGGUUUUCAGAAAGUAGGUCAGGAACAAAUUGGAGCCAAGGCAACAGAUAAAUGGGUCAAGGUUGUAAAAAAUGGAUGGAAGAAGAACACGUACACGAUGUGGGUGGACUCUAAGAGUCAGGCCCCGGUCAGGUAUGAGAUGAUGGGAUACGACACGCUGCUGGAUUCUCACUAUGACAAGUACUAUCUGGACUACACCAACUAUACAGCCGGCCCGGUCAACGCCACAGUGUUUAACUACAAAUCGUUUGGCCUCACCUGUUCUGGUUUCCCGGGUCUGGAUGUGGCUCAGAAGAAAGUGCUGAUGAACCCAAUGAUAGAGUAUCUCCAUGACUACGAUGAUCACGUGCAUGAAAUGUUCGCUGCACACAAAGUGAAACAUACCCCGAAGUAUAGCAGCAUCAAGGAGCAUGCUCAGAGACAACACAUUUUUAGACAAAAUGUUCGAUUUAUUCACUCUAAAAACCGAGCAGCCCUGGGCUUCAGUCUGGCAGUCAACCACUUGGCGGAUAAAUCGAGGGAGGAGAUCCAACUAAUGAACGGCUACCACUACACACCAGGUCCCCAUGGAGGUCUGGCCUUCGACACGUCGAAAUUCAACCUUAAGGACCUACCCGACACCAUGGACUGGAGGUUACAUGGCGCCGUAACUCCAGUGAAGGAUCAGGGGGCAUGUGGUUCAUGUUGGAGUUUUGGAACAACAGCGACUAUUGAAGGGGCUUACUUCCUGAAGACAGGUGAACUGGUACGGUUGUCAGAGCAGCAGUUGAUGGAUUGUUCCUGGGGGGAGGAAAACAACGGGUGUGACGGUGGGAAUGACCACGGCGCCUACCAGUGGAUCAUGAAGAAUGGGGGGCUGACAUCAGAGGAACUGUACGGACCUUACCUGGCUCAGGAUGGGAAGUGUAACAAAGCCAUUACUCCAGUUGUCCAGUUGAAGAAUUACGUGAAUGUGACGAGCGGCGAUCUGCAGGCUCUGAAGUUUGCCAUCGUACACCAAGGUCCGGUCUUGGUUCUUAUGGAUUCCUCGCGUCCAUCUUUGUCUUUCUACGCAAAUGGCGUCUACUAUGAACCCCAGUGUGGCAAAAAGGCAGAUGAACUUGAUCACACAGUUUUGGCUGUUGGGUAUGGUGUGAUGAACGGACAAGCUUAUUGGCUGAUCAAAAACUCGUGGUCCACUUACUGGGGUAACGAUGGCUACCUGUUAAUGUCACAGAAAGACAACAACUGCGGGAUCCUCACGGAACCGACCUUUGCCAUCCUGUAAUUUCUGAUACGCGACACGGAAGAAUUCUCUGAACAUUUACAUCAUGUGAAAGUGUGUUGUACAUAUUUUCAAAUUAUCAUUCAAAAAGAACUUUACUGACAUUUAUUAUACCUUGUAAGAUACCUGAACUCUGGUAAUAAAAAUUUAAAGGUUGUUAGAAUGAUCUUUCUGGGAAGGAAUCUUAUAGGGAGGGGGCUCAUAUAGGAUAAGCCUGGUGCUAAAUCCCAUCAAAUUAAAUCAAGGAUUUUUAUAAAUAUAAAGAAAGAUACCAUUUGGACAAUGUAGGUUUUUUAUUUAUAGGAGAGCCGAGCCUUGCAGAUUGAUUGGUCCCUUUAAUAUGCUCAGAUAUAUAUCUUCCCAUCAUUCCAAGCUUAAGCCAUUUGAAUGCCAUUGUAAAUAGCAGUAGGUAAAUACUCAAUGAGGUCUAGAGUUUUAUCUGUAGUGAAUACUUAUUUUGUAUUUUGUGUAGCACUGUGUUUGAAAUACCUCUGAAAUGAGAGGCUACGUUAUGUAUGAAUAAAAACUUAUUUUUGAAUUUCCUAUAAUAUUGCUAUGGUUUCUUGAUUCCAUCAUCUAUUGAAUGCGUGCCUGAUAAAUAUUGUCUACUGAACACAUACCUGAUGUCUAUCUUAUUAGGAUAUAUCUUUUGUGUAUUGAUUGUUCGAAUGCUUAAUGAAGUUUUAGAUACA